AUGGCUGACUUUGGAGAGAUCCUCCGGAAUAUCGGAGAGUUUGGGUUAUUUCAGAAGAUCACCCUUUUUGCUCUUUGCUUCCCAAAUGUCAUUCUACCUUUUCACUUUGCCAGUUUAUUUUUUGUCCAGUCAGAUCCAGAGCGACACUGUAACACAGACUGGAUCCUCAGAGCUGAUCCUAACCUGACCGCGGGUGAGCAGCUGAACCUGACUCUGCCCCGGGAGGAGGACGGGACCUUCAGCAGGUGUCGGAUGUUUGUCCCUGUGGACUGGGACAUUAGUGCCAUCAGGGAGCACGGACUCAAUGAGACCACAGGGUGCCAGCAUGGAUGGGUGUACUACAACACGCUGUAUGAAGCCACCAUCGUCACUGAUUUUGAUCUUGUUUGUGAGCACACUAAUUUGUUGGAAGUGGCACAAGCUGUGUUGAUGGCUGGCAUUCUCGUUGGUUGUCUCUUAUUUGGACCUUUUGCUGAAUCGUUUGGUCGUAAACGAGCAGCUCAGAUUCCAGUUGUUGUGAUGCUCAUAUUUACUGUAACAACUGGACUAUGUCCCAACUUCUAUUUAUAUUUGGCAUCCCAGUUCCUUGUGGGAAUUGGCUAUGGAGGUUAUCGACUGAAUGGUGUUAUAUUGGCUACUGAAUGGAUCGGGGUGUCUAAAAGAUCAUGGGGAGCAUGUAUCACUCAGCUAUUUGGUGCAGUUGGACAGUGCGUCCUUGCUGGCAUGAUCUACUUUAUCAGAGACUGGAGACUGGCUCAACUCAUCACAGCAGCUCCCUUUGCAGUGAUUGCUAUUUACAUAUGGUUCAUUCCAGAGUCAGCCAGGUGGUUGUUGGGCAGAGGAAGGACAGCAGAGGCUAAACAGCUGAUUACCAAAGUGGCAGCUAUCAACAAACGCACUCUUCCAGAAUCUCUGCUGGAAAAGAUUGUUGAGAAAGAAACUGAGAAAAGGGGAGGCAUAAUAAUUCUAAUCCAAUCAUCUGUGCUUAGGAAGUAUUUCUUAACCAUAAUAUUGGCAUGGUUCUCAUUGAAUGUUACCUACUACUGCCUUUCAUUCAAUGUGGGAAAUUUUGGCUUGGACAUCUUCCUGACACAGCUCAUGUUUGGGCUGACUGAAUUACCAGCUCAUAUACUUUGCAUCUGGCUGUUAGAAGCACUGGGGAGAAAGAUCUCACUGAUGUCGACACUUCUGAUUGGGGGAUUCUUGUGCACAUUAAUCCUAGCUGUUCCUCAAGGUGACGCUGUUGCUGUGACCGUGUUAGUAACCGCAGGACGUUUUUUCACAAACUGGGCAGGAUCCGUAUGCAAUGUGUACGUUCAGGAGCUGUUCCCAACAUCUGUUCGACAAACUGCCUCUGGUUUGGGCUCAAUCGCAAGCAGAGCUGGUGGCCUGCUGUCUCCGUUGCUCAACAUGUUGGCCGUGUAUCACUGGUCCAUACCCACCAUAGUUUUCAGCAGCCUUACUCUGGUCAGUGGAGCUCUCUGCUUCCUGCUUCCUGAGACCAGGAGAAUAGAGCUUCCUGAUUCGACAGAUGAGGCCGAAAGCAACAGAAAUAAGUCCACCCUGAAGAACCAAAGUGAAGCAAAAAAGCCUGCACACUGCAAAUCUACCAAACUGUAG